UCGGAUUGCUUCCCGAACUGAUCCACUCUCUCUGCUCGGGACUUCUUUCCAUUGACAUCAGCACCGUCUCUGUCGACAACAAUCAUGAGGAAUAAGAAUGCCUAUCAUCGCCAAUGGUCGCUGGAUCUUAAUUGGACUUCACGAUCACCUUCUCACCACCACCAUCACCACCUUCUUCUCUCCCUCCUCUACCUCAACUAAUCACAAUGGCAUUCAAACUCUCCGUCUCUCAGCCUUCGCCUAGCAUGCGCCAUCUAGUCCGCCGUGCUGCACGCACUUCAGCCACGCAGGUCCGCGGUGCGGCCACCGUUCCUUUCCGACUGCCAGCCGCUAGAAAUGAACUAAAUCUUGACUACGUGAAAGGCUCAUCCGAGCGAGCCAAAAUUGAGCAAAAGUUGAAGGAGCUCAAGUCUCAAUUACCUCUUAAGAGCCAAAUAUACAUCGACGGCAAAGCACAAGCUGCCUCCAGCGCAUCCAACCAGCCGCUUCCCGCAGAGCAUGCCACCACCUUCACCAACUAUCCUCUAGCCAGCCCCGCGCAGGUCAAUGAAGCAAUUGACUUGGCUCUGAAAGCCAAGGAGUCAUGGCAGAACACCCCGUUCGUGGACCGUGCAGCAAUCUUCCUGAAGGCCGCAGAGCUUGUGACCGGAAAGUACCGAAACGAACUUAUUGCUGCUACGAUGCUCGGACAAGGAAAGAAUGUGUGGCAGGGCGAGAUCGAUGCUGCCGCCGAGCUUGCUGAUUUCUUCCGCUUGAACUGCAAUCUUGCUGCCGAGUUGCUGGAGAAGCAGCCUGACCGUGGCACGGAUGGAAUGUGGACUCGUGUGGACUACAGGCCCCUGGAAGGGUUCGUUUAUGCUGUCUCCCCGUUCAACUUCACUGCAAUUGGCGGCAACCUGGUCAGCGGGCCGGCUAUUAUGGGCAAUGUGGUGAUUUGGAAGCCGUCGCCAUCGAACGUCUACGCCAGCGAGCUCGUCUACAAGAUCCUCCUUGAGGCUGGUCUGCCUCCCAAUGUCAUUCAGUUUGUGACUGGAGAUGCGGAGCAGAUCACCCAAACUAUCCUCAACCACCGCGAGUUCUCUGGUCUCAACUUCACUGGCUCAUCGGACGUCUUCCGGUCAUUGUACAGCCAGGUCGGUGCCAACAUUGGCAAGAAGGUGUACCGGGACUACCCUCGUCUGGUCGGAGAGACCAGUGGCAAGAACUUCCACCUGGUCCACCCUACUGCCGAUAUCACCAGCGCCGUAUACCACACGCUUCGGGGUGCAUUCGAGUAUCAAGGCCAGAAGUGUUCCGCCACAUCGAGAUUGUAUCUCCCCGAAUCCCGGGCCGAGGAGUUCCUGUCCAAAUUGAAGACUGAAAUCGAUGAGAUCACUAUCGGUUCCCCUGAAGAUCUGGGGGCUUUUAUGGGGCCUGUCAUCCACCGGGCGUCUUUUGACAAGAUCAAGUCGAUCAUUGAUGCUAGCAACAAGGAUUCGUCGCUAGAGCUGCUCGCCGGUGGCACGUACGACGACUCCACCGGAUACUUUGUCCACCCGACAGUUUACCGGGCCAAGAACAUUGACCACCCUCUGUUCGACACCGAGAUCUUUGGACCCGUGCUGACCGUCUAUGUCUACCCCGAUACCGAGUGGUCAUCCACCCUGAAGAAGGUUGAUCAGAGUGGUGGUGGAUUCGCCCUGACCGGCGCAGUUUUUGCUGCUGAUCGGAAGGCCAUUCGCGAAGCUGAAGAUACCCUGCGGUAUUCCGCCGGCAACUUCUACAUCAACUGCAAGACUACAGCUGCUUUGAUCGGCCAGCAAUCGUUCGGUGGAAGCCGUUCCUCGGGCACCAACGAUAAGGCAGGAAGCUCAACGCCUCUUCUGCGGUUCACCAGCCCGCGUACCAUCAAGGAAGAGUUCUUCCCGUUGACUGGAUUCAAGUAUCCCAGUAAUGAGUAGGUUAGAGCUGUGGUCGCUACGCGGUUAUGUACUUGUACCAAGUCGGUAGAAUGUCUUUGCGAGAGAUUUGAAUAGAGCUUUUUCACUGCC